AUGUCAUACAGCACAUCAUACCUUUCGUCCCCAGAUCAGCAGUCGGCUGUCUUUCCAGACCGGCUCAUUCGACCCCUCCCGCGACGAUCCUUGAAGUCCCGCCUCUCCCACGAAGCUGCUGAGUCCAUCGAAUACCCGCCGUCCCUACCGUCUUCAAGUUUACCCACGUACAACCACUAUGGCGAAAGUGGCGAAUUCAUGAGCGAUAGUAAGGUGUUGGUGCAGAAUGGUGACGUCUACGAUGAUCACGAUCAUUAUCACGACCACGACGAUGACCACUGUCCCCACCAUCACCAUCAUCACCACCAUCACUGCCAUCAUGAUGAGGACGAGGACGAGGUUGAGUCGGUGGAUGACACUAGUCCGGUCGCACUGCGCAAUUCAGGCUCAUACCGCUCUCCGCCGAGGUCACCUCGAGGCGCACGUGCCUCAAAAUACGGUGGCCAUGGUGGAAGAGGCAGUGUCUCCGGUCCGGAUGGCUACGAAGCCUUCGAAAAUACGAACAAUAAGAAGAAACGAAAGAUACCAACAUCUGGCAGUUUGAGUUUGCACCAUUCGUCUCUAACCAACGAAUUGGCACAGCUGGGCAUUAGCGCCAAUAAGGAUGGAAGCACCGACGAUCUUGUGGGUCACGGUGGUCCAGGAGCAUCGGGGUUGGGUGUGCAGGGAGCUGGUAGGGGACAUUACGCUCGCAAGUCCAGCGCAAGACGUCCGUUGGGCGUUUCGGUGAAUGGCUCGAAUCUAAGAAGUGGUACAGCAAAAUACGACCAAAACAUGGCAGCAACUGCCAAAGCCGAAGAUUCCAAAGAUCAAGGGAUCAUCUCGGCUGCGAUAGCAAAUGCCACCGCUUUGCUGAGAAAACCACUUGGAAAGGGCCAGGAAAAUAUGGGCGUACUCGAUCAACAAGCGAAACAAGCAUCGGCGAAUUCCCAGUUCACAUUCACCUGCGAGUCAGACGUAAAAGGUGUCACUUUUCCCGAACAGAGCCUGUACAGUCCUGGCUAUACACAGCGAAGCGGGCACCUUCCACCUCCCAGUGGACCGAGCAAUGGACAAAGAUUGCCCAAUGCUCAAGGCUCGCAGAUCGGGACAACCCCUGCGGCGCAGACCGCACAGCAACCACCUCCAGCCCAAGGUCAGGCAAACACAGCUGGUCAAGCUAGGAAGCCACGGAGACGGAGAGGUGAUGUGUACGCUCUUGCAGCUCGCCAGCGGAAGCUUCAGCAGGAGUACUCCAACAUUCAACACCCACCCGCUCCGGAGGACAUUUGGAUUUGCGAGUUCUGCGAGUACGAGAGCAUCUUCGGGCAGCCACCUCGUGCCUUGAUCCGACAGUAUGAGGUAAAGGACAGGAGGGAGCGAAGGCGGUUAGCUGAAAAACGUCGAUUGCUGGAAAAGGCUCGCGCGAAGAGCAGACGAUCGAAGGGCAAAAAAGCCAAUAAAGGCGCAGCAAAUGCUUCUCGACAAGCGGCCAACCCGCAGCAAGAUUACAACGACUCUCUGGAUCCCGAGGAGAACCUGGACUUGGAUUACGGGUACGACGAGGAACCUCUACCUAUGCCAGAUCCACCGACUGCGCAGCAGCCCAUACCUAGCGGCAACAGCGGGGAAAGUGGCGACGAUGUUGACAAAGGAUAG